AUGCCCAAGUCUGUCCCCGCCCCCGACUUCACUAUUGGCUGGGUCUGCGCUCUUCCCAUCGAGCUGGCGGCCGCAGUCGAGAUGAUGGAUGAGGAAUUUGACGAACUCCCAUCGCAGCCGACCGGUUCCAACAUAUACUCCUUCGGCCGCAUCGGCAGCCACAAUGUUGUGGCUGCCUCUCUGCCCGCCGGCCGAAAGGGCAUGAUUCAAGCAGCCGCUGUAGCUAGCCACAUGAGGACCUCUUUCCCCUCGCUACGGUUUGGCGUGCUUGUUGGUAUUGGCGGUGGCGUCCCAGUCGAACAGAAGAUCGAUAUCCGGCUUGGCGACGUCGUUUUCAGCCAGCCAACAGGGCAACAUGGUGGAGUCAUCCAGUAUGAUUUCGGGAAGACUGGGGCCAACGGUGACAUCUCUCGCACUGGCAGCCUUAAUGCGCCGCCGGAAGUUUUACUCAACGCCUUGGCCAAGCUUCAAGUGAAUAGCCUUCGGCACAAGACACAAGUCCGCAGCUAUCUGUCUAAGCUCUCUGCUAAGCCAAAUUUUGCAUCACCAGGCCCCGACAAAGACAUCCUCUAUCGUGCAUCAUCGCAGCAUGUUACUGGGGCUACAUGCGCAAAAUGCAAUCCAGAAGACAUACUGCACAGGGACGCACGUACGACAACAGACCCAGUCCUCUUCUUUGGUAACAUCGCAUCGGGGAACCAGGUGAUGAAGGAUGGACCGACACGCGACAGAUACAGCCAGGAGCUCGGGGGCGUCUUGUGCUUUGAGAUGGAGGCAGCCGGCCUGAUGAACAACUUCCCUUGCAUCGUCAUUCGCGGCAUCUGCAACUAUGCAGACGCGCACAAGAACGAUCAGUGGCAGUCAUACGCUGCAGCAACUGCAGCAGCAUGCGCCAAGGAGCUUUUACGUACUGUCCCACCGUUGGUCACGUCUUCGGAGCUACACCGGGAGGCUGUUGCCAAAAGGCACCCUGAAACGAUCCGGGAAAUGAUUUGUCUUGCCUCAACAUACAGCAGCCAAGAAGUGUUAAAACUACGCAAGGUGGUUCUGGGAGUAAAGCACCCUGAUACAAUUGGGAGCAUGAUUGAGCUAGCAGCAACGUACCAAGCUCGUGGAAAGCAUGCUGAAGCAGUGGAGAUGAAGAAUGAAGCACUGAAGCUACGCCGGGAGGUGUUUGGAAUGAGGCAUGCUAGCACGAUCUGGGCCAUGGCUCAUCUUGCAGCAGCGUAUAGCAGCCAGGGGAAGCACAGCGAGGCAGAAAAGAUGUAUAAGGAAGUGUUAGGACUGCGGAAGGAGGUUCUUCGGGCAAAGCACCCUGACACUAUUAAGAGCUUGAUUGAGCUAGCAACAACGUAUGAAACACAGGGAAAGUAUGCUGAAGCAGAGGAGAUGAAGAUUGAAGCGCUGGAGCUACGCCAGGAGGUGUUUGGAAUGAGGCAUGCUAGCACGAUCUGGGCCAUGGCUCAUCUUGCAGCAACGUACACCAAACAGGGGAAGCACAGCGAGGCAGAAAAGAUUCAUAAGGAAGUGUUAGGACUGCGGAAGGAGGUUCUUUGGGCAAAGCACCCUGACACCAUUAAGAGCUUGAUUGAGCUUGCAAGAUCAUAUCAAGCUCAGGGGAAGCAUAAUGAAGCAGAAAGGUUCUAUGAGGAGGGGCUAGGAUUGCGGAAGGAGGUUCUUGGGGCAAAGCACCCUGACACGAUUAGGGUUAUGUCUGAGCUUGCAAAAACAUACCAGGCUCAGGGAAUGUAUAGCAAGGCAGAGACGAUGAACAUUGAGGUGUUGAAGCUACGUGAGGAGAGUCAGCAGUAUUGUUAA